CGGACCGUCUAUCCACCUUUUACAAAGACGGUUGAGUGCUGCAGUGUCACUUAGAACUACAUCUCAUAACUCACUGUGACCCCCACCCCCUUCCGCGGCAUCACAGCUUGGCCCGCAACAACGACGAAGAGCCGCAAUGGCCAAACCAACUCCCCUAUCUGCAGCCAAAAUUUCCCUUGCUGCCUUUAAUGAAGUGCUCGGAAGAUAUCCCGCCUGCAUCCAAGCCAUCUCGCGGGACAAGGGAGCAAAACCAGGCCAGAAGACACUGGCAGAGUUGGAUGAGUACCGCUAUGGUGAAUCAGUCACGGCAUUUGGUCCCGAAAAGGCAGACACCAAAUCCAUUGGGGUCGAUGAGGUCAAGACUUUGGUCGAAUGGAAGCUGUACGUCCUCUUUCACAUUCUGAUCCCUACCACCUAUCCAGACAUUCCUGGAAGUCUCAAGGGCGUCACCUAUCGUCUUGCUUACCUAGUUUUCGGUGGAAGGAGAGCCACAGCCAUUUUUAGCGGCCUGCAAACACCAUCUCUAGAGCUCGCUUCAGAUGCCCCCACUGGGCCGCUUUUCCGCCCAACUCUGAUGAAACUGGUGUCGUCCAAUGAUCCCAAUUUGGUCCAGACAACCGUACAAGAUGCCGUCAAGCAGUAUCGGGACAGGUCAGACAUAUCCGGCGCCCUAGGCAUCCUGACCAAGCUAAAAGGUAUCGGCCCGGCUACUGCGUCAUUGCUCCUGGCAGUGCAUGACCCAGACCAUGUCAUCUUUUUCGCCGAUGAAGCCUACUACUGGCUCUGCGGAGACGGGAAAAAGGUGCCCCUCAAGUAUAACGUUAAGGAAUACAACUCCUUGUGCCAGAAAUCUCAAGCGUUAUCUCAACGGCUUGGAGUCAAAGCCAUUGACAUUGAACGUGUAGCUUUCGUUCUCAUGCGGCAAGAAAGUGGGGAUAUAGCAGCCGCAAGUGCUACCCUUGAUCUCGAGCCAUCGGUGAGCAGCGUCGCCAAGGUGACGCCCCCAAAGACCAAGAGGAAGACCGUUGAUGACGAUACCAACGAUCCAGAGCCGCCCGUGAGACGUUCGAAACGCACAAAACACAGUUUCGAGAGUGAAGCAUAGGAAAUAGGCGUCUCUGGGGUGUAGACAAUGCGGGGACUUGAAAGCUAGGCCAGCUCUAGCACCAGUCUUGAACCGCAUUACCACGGAUCUCGGAACAGUCAGCAGUGCUUUUACAAGAGGGCUCGAAGUCGCAUGGGUACAGGAAAGUUGUUCCUCCUUCAGCCCUGCCUUUAUGCGUUACUGCGACUAGAUACCCGUGUAA